GGCUUGGUAAAGACACUGGGCAAGGUGCAAAUGUUUCAAGAUCGGAGAUUGGAACAUUGAAGAUGACCAGAUGUCGGAAUCUCAGGGUUAAGAACUCAUGCCUGGAUUUGAAGGGUUCUGUUGGAGAUUCGUGUGAUGUAUUGUACCGGCGAAUUAGAGAACUUGAAUCAAUCAAGAACGGGCCUGGAGCAAACGGUGGCCAUAGACGAGGCAUGGUUCAGUUCUUACCGCCAGUCGAAGAAAAACAAGAUAUAUUUCUUCUGGCACAAUCUCGAACCCUCGCCCAAUUUAUUUUUCGCUAUGGUCUCGUUCUUGCCGCCUUUUGAAUAUAAAAGCUUUCCGGAGAGUCGGUUGUAUUUGAAGAACGAGCUUCAGCAUAACCAUGAGGCUGUUUGUGAAAAUUGGGACGCUAUUAAUGUUUGCCGCGUACGUGCUAGCCACGAGUAGUGGAUGGCAGGCUGGAGGUUCCGGGUGGACAGAUGGCCCUUCCUUUUCGUGGAAACAGGGCACACAGCAAACUCCAGUCAUAUUGAAUGACCGUUCUGGCACCAGCUGGAUUAAUCCAGAGGUUCCUUCGGCGGUCGCCAGUGGGGGUCCAAGCGAUUGGCAAACUGCCACUUCAAUAACCCGCAUUAAUACGCCUGUCGGUUACGCCGCGCCCGCCCCCAGCGCUGGAGGCGGAGGUUGGAAGACCCCAAUUAUUAGCCACGCCUCACCGGCGACGUAUUCCGGAAGCUGGCAGGGACCAUCCGCUCCGAUCAAAGUGGCUGCCGUACCUCAACAGAGCAGCAGUGGUUACUCGGCCGCAUGGAUUGCGCCUGCAGCUCCGCAACCAAUCCCGGUUGCGAUCACGUACGGUGGCGGUGGUCGAGUGUGGCAGGCGCCUGCUCCUGCGUCUGCCAGUUGGACUUCGGUACCGGCGGUCACGAAGGGUGCAGGGCUGGUCCUUGGCGCCGGCGCCGGUUCUUCGCAGGGUGGCCGAUGGGUUCGCGAGGACGGGCGAUGGGUUUGGGAAACACAGGAGGUGCGUGGAGAGUUCCAGGCGGUCCCGCUAUUAACAACCCAUGGAUGGCAAUGGCCGGAGGCGGUGACUGAGGAGAUUCGCGUACAAGGAACCCCGACGCAGAUCGCGCCGACAGGACACGCCGUUUCCUGGAGUUGGAGUCGCCGUGGACGGGAUGUCAAUUGCAGAAAGUGAAUAAAUGCAAACACCGCACUGCCUUUUUAAGGGUGCGUGAUUCGAGAGCACUCGUUGAAAUUAUGAGUGUUCGACGUUUGUAAUAAUAAUUGAUUUAAAAUAUAUGACUGACUAGAUUGAAAAUAGAGUUGUAUAUUUCAUCUUUUCUGGGGCGAAACCGUAUCGAAGCAUAAACAAAUUUAAUAAAAAAUAUUGAAGAUAACAACUAUACUGUCGGGCCAGAAUUAUGAUAGUACUUCGUCCAAGCGUUACUGUUCGAAAAGAAACUACCUAAAUAAUCAUUUUGUCUUAUCUUUAUCGGAAGAAUAUAUUUCAGUGCUGAGAACGCAUGUUCCUUCUCCGAUUUUGAAGUAGUAACAAGAUGACCGCAAUAUAUUUAUCAAUAGUAACGACUGGAACUACUUUGGACCAUGAAGCUACGACUUCGGUCCAUAGCUAGAACUCAAUGUUCUGAAAUCAUCAUUUGAUAAAAGCUAUUUUUCAAUACAGGGCUAUCUAUUUUUAGAUAGAUUUAGGGACCUUUGAUAAGAGUAAAGUCGCCUUAACGCUUUCUCUACAUAGCCAAGCAUUUAAAUAUAUGUCAAAUUAUAUUACGUAAUAAACAUUGAUUAAUUAUCUACUGGCA